UUUUGGUUGUGCUUGCACAGAAUUGGCAGCGCGGACACAUUGGAAAUUGUGGCCUCCAAGUCCACGGGCACAGGCGCAGGCACUGGCACGGGCAGCGAGGAGCCCUCGACGCCGGAGGACAAUAUUAAUGUGGUGGUGCGUGUCCGCCCUCUAAAUGAAAAGGAGAAACGCGAUAGGCACGGAGCCACAUUGAAGUUUCCUGGCAAUGGACAAGUCAUCAUCGAAGGCAACGACACGGGGGCCAAGCGUUCCCACAAUCGCGACAGUGUGCGCGUAUUCACGUACAACGUGGUCUUUGAGCCAGGUGCCACACAGGAGGAUAUACUGGACUAUUCAGGCAUCAAACGCAUUAUUGAGAUGGGCAUUGAGGGAUUUAGCUGUACGGCAUUUUGCUACGGACAAACAGGCUCAGGGAAGACGCAUACCCUAACUGGACCUCCAGAUUUGUUUGUGGGCAAGCCCAAUCUAAAGGAUCCCCGUCAUGGCCUGAUAUUCCGUUCGUUUGUGUAUCUCUUCCAAUUGAUUCAGAAUCGCACGGAUGUUAAUUAUGUGCUCAAGGCUUCGUUUAUGGAGAUUUACAAUGAACGGGUAAUCGAUUUGCUUAAUCCAGGAAGCGCUCGCAAGCCCCUUGCCGUGCGCUGGUCCAAAAAAUCGGGCGGGUUCUUUGUGGAGAACUUAUUUACGGUGGACUGCGAGGAGCUAGACGAUUUGCUGGCUGUGUUAGAAGAGGGCAUGAGAAAUCGCUCUGUGGGCUCGCAUGCGAUGAAUGAUCAUUCAUCGCGUUCUCAUACGAUAUUAACGGUCCACAUACUGUCGGACCAACAAACGGAUGGCGGCGUCUUUCUCUCCAAGCACGGCAAGAUUAACUUUGUAGACUUGGCUGGAAGCGAGCUGACGAAGAAGACGAUGAGUGAGGGCAAGACGCUGGAGGAGGCUAACAAUAUCAACAAGAGUCUCAUGGUGCUAGGCUACUGCAUCUCGUCGCUGAGCGAUAACAAGAAACGCAGCGGACACAUCCCGUACCGGGAUAGUCAGCUAACAAAGCUGCUGGCCGACAGUCUGGCCGGGAACGGAGUUACACUCAUGAUUGCCUGCGUCUCGCCGGCGCAUUAUAAUCACGCUGAGACGCUGAAUACGCUGCGUUAUGCAUCGAGAGCGAAGCGUAUACGGACAAAGCCGGUCAUCAUGAUGGACCCGCGAGAGGCUCUCAUUCUCAGUCUCAAACGAGACAUCCAUGCACUACAGAUGGAAAAUGAGCAUCUGAAGGCCGCGCUGAAUUUGCAUCAUCAGGCGUCAGAGCCGAUGGACAAUCUCUUGGAGCUACAACUGGAACGCGUUCACAUUGGAGAUGUUGGCAUUCCCGUACCAAAGAUGGACUUAGAGCGUUUGCCAGAGUUGGAUGGUAGCGAAUUGGCAGAGCUUGUGAAGCUGUAUAUGGCGGAGAAUGAAUCGCUGCGACAGGAGAAUAAUCAUUUGUUCACAGUGCGCGAGACUAUAUUAAGGGAUCAAGAGAUUGUAUGCCGAGAGAAUGAGCGUCUGCUCAAGAAAUUGGAGGAAGUGAACAAUGUCUGUGUGCGUUCACCUUUGAUACCAGCAAGACCAGCGAUUUCACCCACCACGGGUAAAGAAACACCCGGCACCGAAAUUUGGACAAAUCCGGAAUCAGCCAUUCCAGUUGCCAUCUUGCCAUUGGAACAGCGAAUGUCGGAGAAUGCCGAUAAGCGCACGCAUACGGCGCAGAAGCGCAUAGACGAUGAGCGUAUUGCAAAGAAUAUACUACUGAUGGCAAAUGCUUUUAGAAAGUCCAAUGGUCAGCUUGCGCUUAACAAGGACCUGCAAAUAGCCAAUAACAAUAACGUUAAAGAGCUUGCGCAGCCAAAUUUAAUGCCAGACAUGCUUACGUAGUAAAUUAAUUGAGGUACCUAACUACAUAGAUAUAUUCUCAAAUAUUUAUAUUUUUUGAAUAAUUAAAACAAAUGUUAACAUGCAAUUUCAAAUAAAAC